GUUCUACUACCAUUCAUGAUAGAAGCUGGUAGCUUAUUUCACUUAUUUCAUAUCCAAAGUCUUUGGUUCAUGAGUAGGUUAUAAUGAGUAGUGAAACAGUAAAAGGAGGCAAAGUUUCUAAGAUUAUAUUGGCCUAUAGGAUUGGGUUGUUUACUCAGUAGGAAACUUAGCAGGUUUUAAAUCCAGGGGAGUGGAGGUAUUGUGUUUUGCUGGUACAGGUCUCUGUUGAAAGCACUCAGGGGUGCUGGGAGAUGGCUGUACUCUGUGCAAGCUGAAUGAUGGUUCUGGCCCUCUUCUCUAGAUGCUCGAGCUAGCAGGGAGGGAAUCUGUAAGAGGGCCAUACCAGCUCCAAGGCAUGUACUUUCUCUGGAUCACACACACUAAGGGCAUGAGGGGUCUUGGAAUUCCUCUGGCCUGUGCCUUUUUUGUGAUUAUGGGGGGAUAACAGUAACUGAUUUCCAUUAGCAUAGAGACAAGGCAUUAACUUGCAUCUGGAGUAAUACUAGUAUGUGGCAAAAGUUUCAUUUAUUAAAAAAUAAUUCACCGCAUUUAAGUUCUGUCUCUAGUUUCUCUUAGGAAGUUAGGUAGUUUAUACUCUGGCCAAAAUAAGGAUUCACUGUUGGUAGUCUUGAGGUUGUAGUGAGGUAGUUUAACUGCUUUAGAACUUUGCGCUUGGAACAUUCUUCGCCAGCGAAUCAUGGGAACUGAAAGUGAGGAGCAUGGGUUCUUUAAUAUCUAUCACAUCAGAGAAUGACUGUUCAGCACAGUAACCGCCUCCUAAUGGUAGCAACAAUUGCAGAGACAGAUGAGUCUGCAGAUUCAGAAGGUGUAAUUGAUUCUCAUAAACGUAGAGAAAUCCUUUCACGAAGACCCUCUUAUAGAAAAAUACUGAAUGAACUUUCCUCUGAUGUGCCUGGUGUUCCCAAGAUUGAAGAAGAAAAAUCAGAGGAAGAAGGAACGCCACCUAACAUCGCUACCAUGGCAGUACCGACUAGCAUAUAUCAGACUAGCACGGGGCAAUACAUUGCUAUAGCCCAAGGUGGAACAAUCCAGAUUUCUAACCCAGGAUCUGAUGGUGUUCAGGGACUACAGGCAUUAACAAUGACAAAUUCAGGAGCUCCUCCUCCAGGUGCUACAAUUGUACAGUAUGCAGCACAGUCAGCUGAUGGCACACAGCAGUUCUUUGUCCCAGGCAGCCAGGUUGUUGUGCAAGAUGAGGAAACUGAACUUGCCCCAAGUCACAUGGCUGCAGCCACUGGUGACAUGCCAACUUACCAGAUCCGAGCUCCUACUACUGCUUUGCCACAGGGAGUAGUGAUGGCUGCCUCACCAGGAAGUUUGCACAGUCCCCAGCAACUAGCAGAAGAAGCAACACGCAAACGAGAGCUGAGGCUAAUGAAAAACAGGGAAGCUGCUAAAGAAUGUCGACGUCGAAAGAAAGAAUAUGUAAAAUGUCUGGAGAGUCGAGUUGCAGUGCUGGAGGUUCAGAACAAGAAGCUCAUAGAGGAACUUGAAACUUUGAAAGACAUUUGCUCUCCCAAAACAGAUUAGUAGAAAUAUUUAACUAUGAACUGAUUACAACAUGUACAGUUGCUUUUGAAGGCAAUACAAUAUAUAGCCAGCAAGAAUUACGGCUUUUUUCCUUUGUAUCAUUCAUCAUAUUCUCUAACCUCUGACAUUCCUAAAAUGCCUCACUGUACGUAGUUAACUAUUAGCUAUAACUUCAAUUUUUUAAAAAGAGACAGCUGUAAAAAAUGUAUGUAACAAAUUCUUAAAAUGCAGUAUUUGUAAGACUUGUUCCAAUGCCACAUAUUUGCAGUUCCUAACCUCUGUGUCAUGAAUAGUGUCCUAUGCAAUAAAAUUUUUUUGCAGGUCUUUAAAAAUCAUUUUAGGAAAGGAUGAUCAAGAUAAUGCAUCCAGCAGUACAGUAAAAGCAAACCACAAACAAACAAAAAAAUACCUCAGGAAAGAAUUGAAAGAAAAGAUUGAAAGAAUCUAAUGAUAUGCCUAUAUGAAAAUAAUAGCCUAUAAAUGAAUUUAUGGCAUUUGCAGAUUUUUAUAUUACUUGCUUUGUAAAGAAAAUAUUGUAUUGCUGUCCUUGAAUGCCAUAGUUGAAGAGAGUUUUUAAUAGAACCAUGUUGGUUACA